AUGACAAAUAUGAAUAAUCAUCGUUUAUGCAUUAUCAUUACUUGUCUUAUUUUUACUCUUAUCCAUUUCAUAUCAACCUUAGAAUGUGAUAAACAAUCUAAGGAAAAUGAUGUUCCAUUUCAUGUAAAAGUUCAUCAAUCACCAAUUAUUAUUAUUGGUACUUCAUUAUAUAAACACAUUGAUAUAAAUAUUCGAAAUUUAUUCAAUGUUACAUUUCUUGUUUCAUGUAUUUUAAAAGGCCGACCAACUCAACGUAUUAUUCAUAUUGUUCAAGCAGGUUCACUUCUUGGUCGUCGUUCAUGUCAAAGAUUAAAUGUUAAUCAACAAUAUAUUGUUUUUCUAGAACCCUUUUUUGAUGAAACUUAUCGACCAGCAGAUUUUGAAGAAGUUCCUUACAGUAACCAGAUACAUAUUUUACUUGAAAAAACAUGUGGCCUUUCACGAACUUAUCCAUUUACGGAAUUGAAUGAUACUGAAGCAGUCUUAACGAAUAAAUGUCCGUCAGCUGUUUCUAUGGAUUGUCCAUCAGAAGUAUUGAAAACAAUUGUUACCUUAUCAACAACACUAUCACCAACAACAACGAUGACAACGACAACAGCAGUUUUGACCACGGCAACAACAACUACUAUUAAUUUAUUUGGAAAAGAUCCUAUUGAUCUAGCUGUAUUAUCACUUCUUUUACACGAACAUCAACAACAAAAUCUUAGUCUAGAUUUGUUUCAAGGUCAAAAUCAUAAAUUACUUUUUUCCGAUGAUGAAGCACGAAAAAAUGAAGCUAAUCGAUUAUCAUCUAUUAUUAUUAUUCAUUUAAUUUAUUUAAUUUUCUUUUGA